ACAGAGGUUUUCUUCACACUUUAGCAUUUCAGUUCAAAGGCUCAGCGCCAUGGCGAGGCCUUUCCACCUGAACACCCCCCUGCUGGAGAGCGUCAGCAUGACCCAGCGUGUGGGGACCCCCGUGUUCCUGAAGAUGGAGAACUCUCAGCCCUCGGGCUCCUUCAAGAUCAGAGGCAUCGGCCACCUCUGCCAGCAGCUGGCCACAGACUCUAAAGGAGUUGUCUGCUCUUCAGGUGGAAAUGCUGGGAUGGCAGCAGCGUACGUAGCCAGGAAGAUGGGUGUCCCGGCCACCAUCGUGGUCCCCUCCUCCACCCCUCAGCUGGUGGUGCAGAGGCUCAGAGACCAGGGGGCCACGGUCAACAUCACAGGAAAGGUUUGGGAUGAUGCCAAUACAGAGGCUCUGAGACUGGCAGAGACUGAAGGACUCACCUAUGUUCCUCCAUUCGAUCACCCCCUGCUCUGGCAGGGCCACAGCAGUGUGAUCUCUGAGGUGGCAGCCUCUCUGGAGGAGAAGCCUGGAGCAGUGCUGCUGUCUGUGGGCGGGGGGGGGCUCCUCUGCGGAGUCAUCCAGGGCCUGAAGGACGUGGGCUGGACAGAUGUAUCCGUCAUCGCUAUGGAGACGGUGGGCGCCGACUGUUUCAACGCUGCGGUUAAAGCGGGGAGGUUGGUCACGCUGGAUGACAUCACUAGCGAGGCCAAGUGUCUCGGAGCGAAGACGGUUUGCAGGAAGGCGUUUGAGUUCAGUCAGAGUGGCGAGAUCUCCAUCAUCUCUGAGCUGGUGACGGACCAGCAGGCUCUGAGCGCCGUGGAGACGUUCCUGGAUGAGGAGCGUGUGUUGGUGGAGAUGGCGUGUGGAGCAGCACUGGCAGCCGUCUACAGCGGACUCGUACACAGAUUACAGGAUGAAGGCCGGCUGCCGGCCCCCCUCGGCCCCCUUCUGGUGAUCGUGUGCGGGGGCAGCAGCGUGGACAUGGAGCAACUGAGCCAUCUUAAACACAAACUGCACACUUAAAGUACUGUGUGUGUGAGCAAGUGUGAGUGUGUGGGGGUGCAUAGCAACACGUGUCUAUGUGACCGGCCAUUGUUGGGCCACAACUGCUAAAAAAGUAGCAUCAGUUCAGUGAAUGAUGUCUGGACGGAUGAAUCAGAGCUAAAUGAUUUCUGGGAAUAAGAACAAUUACAAGAGCUAUAAUAUCUGAUCUAAAAGCAAAUGUGUGUGUGGAGUAGCAGAAAAUAUAAAAAAUGCAAUAGUUUCUUAGAAAACCCAAAUGUCUUCAGUUCUGAAUUAUUGAGUGAGUCAUUGAAUAUGAUGUAACCUCAAUCAGGCUCUCAUCUCUCUGAGCUGUCAGAACACAAUGACUGGUUUGUCCACAUGGUGGCGUCACAGAGUCACUUCCCAGAAACACACCGGCCGUCCACAGCCUGAUACAGAAACUUCAUGGGGAAAAACUUUAAAAUGUAUUUUU